GCGUCAGCUUCCAAUCCCAGGCUGCCUUGCUCUUCUUCCCGCUGCCCAAUAGGAUCUGCCGUCUCAUCUGUAGUUCUAAAGAAACGCGGAUGGAGGCGCGGCUGUGGGAGCUUUAGCUAGUGGUUUGGUGCUGAAGGUUGCUACAAGAUACACGCAGCUUCUAAAUAUCUGUCGCUCUUGGCUCUGCUGAUUUCUGAGCCUCAAAAGGAAAGAAUAUGGAGGAGUUGCAAGAUGUUCAGCUCACAGAGAUAAAGCCGCUCCUAACCGAUAAGGGUUCCGGACAGCACUUUGAGGACUUUGAUGGCCAGGAACAUAAUAUUGAAACUGCAUUUGGUGUUGUGCACGUUACUAUGAGUGGUAACGCAAGGGGGAAUAGGCCCGUGCUCCUCACGUUCCAUGACAUCGGCCUUAACCACAAAUCCUGCUUUAACUCUUUCUUCAACUUCGAUGAUAUGCAUGAGAUAACCCAGCAUUUUGCGGUGUGCCAUAUCGAUGCGCCUGGGCAGCAGGAAGGAGCCCCCUCGUUCCCAACUGGGUACCAGUACCCUACAAUGGAUGAACUGGCUGAAAUGUUAUGCGCUGUAUUAACCCAUUUAAACCUCAGAAGCAUCAUUGGUAUUGGAGUCGGAGCCGGUGCCUAUGUAUUAUCAAGAUUUGCGCUAAAUAAUCCGUUAUUGGUGGAAGGACUUGUACUUAUUAAUAUUGAUCCCUGUGCAAAGGGCUGGAUCGACUGGGCUGCUUCCAAGCUCUCAUUUUGGACAUCUAAUAUUGUAGAGAUUGUGCUGGGUCAACUGUUUGGUGAUGAGGAGCUUCAAUCCAACCUGGAUCUGGUGCAGACGUACAGGCUACAUAUCGCCCAGGAUAUCAACCAAGACAACCUACAGCUUUUUGUAACCUCCUACAAUAGUCGCAAAGACCUGGAAAUUGAAAGACCUAUUUUUGGUUCCAGUACUCCCACCAACACUAUUAAGUGCCCUGUGUUGUUGGUGGUUGGUGACAGUUCUCCUGCAGUAGAUGCAGUGGUUGAAUGUAACUCCAGGCUUGACCCAACAAGGACUACACUCCUUAAGAUGGCAGAUUGUGGGGGAUUGCCACAAGCAGUUCAGCCCGGGAAGCUGACAGAAGCCAUCAAAUACUUUGUUCAGGGAAUGGGAUACAUGCCAUCAGCCAGCAUGACGCGACUAGUCCGUUCCCGCACUCAUUCUGCCUCGAGCAGCGGCUCUAUGGAAAUGCCCCGCAGCCGAUCCCACACCAGCAAUGCCCAACUGCAGUCCACCUCUAACAACUCCCUGUCAAACCAGAUCCAAGAGACUCCGCACACUAUCGAAUUAUCCUGCUAAAUUAUUUUCUUUUCCUGUUUUUGUUUUUUAAAUAAUAAUCUAUAUUUUCCUGUCUUUUGGACCCAUGCAGAUGCUAAACACCCCUCCACUCUGGAAAUGGCCUUUCCAUUCCUCACUGUUAAUCUGUGUCUUUGCAUGACCCAAGUUUAUCCUUCCCCCUUGUUUGUUUCAUUAUUGUUUCUCCCAUUCCAGUGUUGGUGUUGAGCAUUUUGGAUGCGGUUCAGCCGAUCUGUGCGGCAGGAUAAACUUCAUCUUUUCCCUAUUACCUCAACUCUUUGUAUGAAAAAGCACUUUUUUUUUUUGUUUUUUUUUAUUUAAAAGGGGAACUUUCCUUAGCAAUGCAAUCCUAUCAUUGGCUUACGGUUAUCCUUGGGGCUGAACGUCUGCCAAUCCAACAUUAGAAUUAAGAACAGUCACCACCAAAAGGACUGUACAUUUAUGGCGAUUCGUUUCUAGGGAUCCUACAGCCCCGAUUUGUUCAUAACGUCAUUCGUUUUGUGUGUUAAGUAUUUUCUGAUUUUGUUGCUGUUUUUUCUGUUCUUUUUGCACUUGCUUGGGUUGGUUCUUGUGUUUUAAAUUCCCUUGUACAUUCACACCUUUUCUUCCAAAUGACACUAUGAUCGGCUCUUUUUCAGGUGUGUUCUGUGUUAAAGAUGUCGGCGAUAGUAACUGACAUCCCGUAGAGGUUUGCUAAUUGCUUUUUGUUCGUUAGAAAGGUUUUGCUGGAGGAUCUAUACACGGAAACAAUACGCAAUCGCUGGCGGCCCCAACAUGGCCUUUCCGAAGAAGUUGUUAAGGGCCCUUUUAUAGUUCCCAGACAGCAAAGUAAUAUGUAGUGGGUUCGUUAAAUAUAUUAUAUUAAAAAGAUUUAGCUCGGUAUCUGUUUGUAAUGUACCUUUUGUUUAUAGCUGCUGUAUUUCCAUGUCAGAAUCCAUUUACUUCUUGGCUUAUCGACCACGAGACCCUAUGUAUUUUGGGAAUACAAACUAUUCCCACGCCUUAGGGUUUGGGGGCCACAGCCUACUUCUUACAGUGGAAUAAAAAGGGAUAGAUUUCACAAUGUUCACUAGGUUUCUUGUUUUUGUAACACGAUACAAUAUCUCCUCAUGUGUAACCUUCGGUUUGCUGCUCUUAGCGACAUUAGGUGUAGGCAGUCGGCUUUCAUUCUGAGUACACUUUCUACUUGCUAAUAAAGCUGUGAAAUGUUUCAUUAUU